UCCUAUCGAAUCUGAUUGCUAGGUGACUGUAGAUCUCUUGGACGAGGAACAGUCGAAGAGAAGAGAUCAAUAUCGCGAUGAAAGGGAGGACUGUGAAGCUGAAGGAGGCGCAUCGGGUAAACGGAACCGCAUCUUUCUGCUCAAUUCUCUGGGAUCACAAUGGAAGUUUUAUUGUAACCGCCUGCGCCGGCGAUCCCACCGUCUUCAUCCACGAAGGCGGUCACUCAGCAAAGCCGGCCAAGGCUCUCCGCCAUCAUCGGGAAGGGGUGACCGCGGUUGCCCUAAAUCCUACUUCCGACACCCUUGCUUCCGGAUCCAUCGACCAUUCUGUCAAACUUUAUAGUUUUCCAGAUGGGGAGUUUCAAAGCAAUGUUACAAGAUUUACCUUACCAAUUCGUGCUCUUGCAUUCAACAAGUCUGGCAGCUUGUUGGCCGCAGCUGGUGACGAUGACGGCAUUAAAAUGAUUGCUACUAUCGACAGUUCAAUCUCAAGAGUUCUUAAGGGUCACAAUGGUUCUGUUAUAGGCCUAUCCUUUGAUCCAAAAAAUGAAUUUUUAGCAUCAAUUGAUGGGUUUGGAACUGUGAGAUAUUGGGAACUUUCCUCAGGAAAAACAGUCCAUACUUUAAAAUCUGUAGCUCCUAGCUGUGAUUCAGAUGCCUCGCUUCUGAAUGUUCUUUCUUGGAGCCCUGAUGGAGAGACUUUAGCUGUUCCAGGUUUGAAGAAUGAUAUUGUGAUUUAUGACAGAGUUACGGCUGAAAAACUGUUUACUUUGAAAGGAGACCAUGAGAAGCCUGUUUGCUUCUUAUCUUGGUCUCCCAAUGGGAAGUACAUUGCAACUUCAGGCUUAGAUAAGCAGGUCUUAAUCUGGGAUGUUGAUCAGAGGCAGGAUAUUGAUAGACAGAAAUUUGAUGAAAGCAUAUCUUGUUUCUCUUGGAACCCUAAUUCUAACGCAUUGGCUGUUAUUGAUGUUAUGGGUAAAUUUGGUGUUUGGGAGAACCCGGUUCCUUCCUUCAUGAGGUCACCUACAGAUGGUGCCAUUAAUCUUCAAUCAAGGAAUGGAAACGGUCUCCUGUUGUUUGAAGUCAAUGAUGAAAAACCAAGCCAUUCUGGAAGUUUAGAUGAAAUUAUGGAAGAAAGCCAUGGAGAAUCCAUUCCUGUUAGCAGUAAAAGAUCGAGGAAACAUUCGGUACUCGAUAAAUCUGAUGAAGAUAGUGAUGAGUUCCAUGAGCAAAUUGUGUCGCGUAAGAGGUCUGCGAAAAGGAAAGAGCUUUUGAGAUUUGGAGGUGGAACAGAAGAGUGCGAAAGUUCAAUUCGGGCUGUCAGGCCAAAAUUACAGGAGGCGUUUCAACCAGGUUCCACUCCUGUGCAGGCGGGCAAGCGAAGGUUUCUUUCUUACAACCUGCUUGGAAGCAUAACCACAAUUGAAAAUGAGGGCUACUCCCAUAUUGAGGUUGACUUCCACGAUACUGGGAGAGGGCCGAGGGUUCCUUCCAUGACUGAUUAUUUUGGAUUCACCAUGGCUGCACUGAAUGAAAAUGGCAGCGUUUUUGCAAAUCCAUGUAAAGGAACAAAAAAUAUGAGCACUCUAAUGUACAGACCUUUCGGAAGCUGGGCAAAUAAUAGUGAAUGGUCAAUGAGGUUUGAAGGGGAAGAAGUGAAGGCUGUUGCUUUAGGCAUCGGAUGGGUGGCUGCAAUUACUAGUCUUAAUUUUCUUCGCAUUUUUACAGAUGGUGGUUUGCAGAGACACAUCCUCUGUCUUGACGGGCCAGUGGUGACAGCAGCAGGCUUUAGAAAUAAAUUGGCAGUGGUUACUCAUGCUUCAGACUGUUUUCCCUCGGGAGAUCAGGUUCUUGUAGUACAAGCAUUCAAUAUCAACAAUAAAACUCAACUCAUUCGAUGCCGUGUUCCCUUGUCUCCUGGUUCUGGUUUAUUAUGGUUUGGAUUUAGUGAAGAAGGCCAUUUAUGCUCCUACGACACCCAGGGUGUACUAAGAAUUUUAUCCAAUCAAUAUGGCAACAGUUGGCUCCCUAUUUUUAGUGCUAGUAAAUCAAAGAAGUCUGAAGAUGAGAACUACUGGGUAGUAGGUCUUGAUGCAAGCAAGCUCUUCUGUGUUUCCUGCAAGUCCCCCAACUCUUACCCAUUGGUAAUGCCAAAGCCUGUUCUCGUGCUACUAGAUCUUAAAUUCCCUCUUGCCUGCUCUGAUCUCGGUGCCGAAGAUUUGGAAAGCGAGUUCAUUAUGAGAAAUCUCCUUCUCCAUCAGAUUCAAGAGAAGAUAGACGAAAAUGUGGCGGCUGGUCUCGAUACAAGCGCACUAGAUGACGAUGCAUUUGAUAUGGAAUCUGCUAUUGAUCGAUGUGUUUUGAGACUUAUUUCCAGUUGUUGCAAUGCUGAUAAACUUGUGAGGGCCACUGAACUUGCAAGGUUGCUUUCUAUGGAAAAAUCAAUAAAGGGUGCAAUUAAACUGGUUACAACUUUGAAGCUUCCUAUCCUCGCCGAGCGAUUCAACAACAUACUCGAGGAAAGAUUGAUAAAUGAAUCUAACGGUGUUUCAAGCAAUGCUACUGUCAUGGAAGUAAAGAAAGCUGUUAUUUCUCCCAUUUUGCCAUCCUCACACAUGUUCGCCAUUUCCAAAGCUUCCAUUGAAGGCAAAAAUGUAGAAAAUGAAGAGACUAAUGGAGGAAAAGAACUAGGUGGAAACGACAAUGAGGGAAAAGAGAAGAGUAAGGCUCAAACAAGACCAUUUUCAAAAUUGUCAAACAAUCAUGACAGAAGUGAAGAGAAGGCUACAAAGCCAACAGAGAAGGAACUCAGAAAAAGGACUUCAAAAGAGGAAGAGAAGCAUUUACCUAUAAGAGGCACAGGUAAUUCUAGUUCUGUUGAAGUGGCUAAUGAGAAGCAUUCUCAGAGGCCAACAAAUCCAUUUGCUAAGUCAUCAAAUAAGAUGGAAAAAUCACUAUCUCUCCUUGAUUCGAUCAAGAAGAUGAAGAAGGUUGACAAGUAGAGAAAGGUGGAAUGGAUAUUAAUAGCUUAUUUAUAGGUGGGUAGAAGUAUGACUUUAAAAGAAAAGUUAUAUAAAAUGAGAAGUUUAUAAACCAUAUGAUAAAAGGCUAAGACUUGCCAUAGAAUAAAGAUUUAGUAGCUUUUGCUCUUGAAUUAUAUUAGAUAUGCUAUGGUAUUUUCCAAAUAAGCGGUGGGCCUUCAUGAAGUCAAGAAGUCACUAAUUGACUUCAUCUUCCUCGAACUAGACUUGGUGGGUUGUUAUAUUGAGCAAUUUAGAAAAAAUAUUCUUAUUUGCUCCCUGGGGUUCUAGUAGGCAGGCGAGUUACUAUGUUGAAUGCUUUGGACGUAUAUAAUGGGUUGAUAUUUGGGGUAGAGUAGAUUAGCAAGUUGUUGCAAGUACUUUGUACUGUGUUUUGGUUGAUUAGAUGGAAAGUUCAUUGUGGUUGGUUUUAGAGCUGAUGUAUUAUUAUUACUUUUUUUUUUUGUAAAUUUAAUUUGAUAAAUUCAUGAUAUUAACUUCUUGUCGGUCUACUCGACUUAAACUCUGCUAGAAUGAUUU